AUGGCGAGCACUGUCGGAAAGGCCGCCAUCGCCUGGGCAGCAGGAGAACCCCUCUCCGUCGAGAACGUCGAGGUUGCGCCCCCAAAAGCCCAUGAAGUUCGUAUUAAGAUCCUCCACACAGGUGUUUGUCACACCGACGCAUACACCCUCUCCGGAAAAGACCCCGAGGGCGCAUUCCCAGUAAUUCUCGGCCACGAAGGCGCUGGAAUUGUCGAGUCAAUUGGAACAGGAGUCACCAAUGUUAAAGUCGGCGACUACGUUAUCGCUCUCUAUACACCGGAAUGUGGAGAAUGCAAAUUUUGCCGGUCCGGGAAGACGAAUCUGUGCGGUAAGAUCCGGGGCACGCAGGGCCGUGGCGUAAUGCCCGAUGGGACGACCCGGUUCAAGGCCCGCGGGAAAGACCUGCUGCAUUUUAUGGGGACUUCAACCUUUUCCGAAUAUACUGUUGUGGCUGAUAUUUCGGUUGUUGCUGUUACGUCGAAGUGUCCAACGGACCGUUCGUGUCUUCUUGGUUGCGGUAUUACGACCGGGUAUGGAGCUGCGACAGUUGCGGCGAAGAUUGAGGAAGGGUCGAAUGUUGCGAUUUUCGGGGCUGGGUGUGUUGGAUUAUCUAUUGUUCAGGGCGCGCUGAAGAAUAAGGCUGGGAAGAUUAUGGUGGUUGACAUUAAUGAUGGGAAGGAGGAGUGGGCAUAUAAGUUUGGAGCGACGCAUUUUCUUAACCCAGCAAGAUUGCACCAGCCUGUUCAGGAUCAGCUCAUUGAGAUGACUGACGGCGGGUGCGAUUAUACGUUCGACUGCACCGGCAAUGUGAGUGUCAUGCGGGCGGCGCUUGAAGCCUGCCAUAAGGGCUGGGGUGAGAGUAUUGUUAUUGGUGUUGCUGCUGCUGGUCAAGAAAUAAAAACUCGGCCGUUCCAGCUAGUGACUGGUCGCGUGUGGAGGGGAUGCGCGUUUGGAGGUGUCAAGGGUCGCAGUCAGCUUCCUGCACUGGUGGAUGACUAUCUACGCGGGGACUUGAAAAUCGACGAAUUCAUUACCCAUCGCGAGGCAUUGACCAAUAUCAAUGCGGCCUUUGAACACAUGAAGCAAGGGGAUUGCAUCCGAUGCGUUGUCGAUACUGCGGUCUCGAAUUCUAAAACGAACAUCAUGGCUCAUUCUCUCCAUCCCCUUGUCGAUAACGGCAUAACCAAAGGCGACAACAACUUCCCCGGCGGAAACCUAUACUGCUUCUGCCCUCAGAACAAAGUCACAGUCACCCUAAAGGGUAAUGUCGCCCACAACCACGCUUGUGGAUGCUCCAAGUGCUGGAAGCCCUCCGGCGCACUUUUCUCGGUCGUCGGUGUGAUCCCUAAAGAUAACCUUUCUGUGGCUGCGAACGGUGAUAAGCUUGAGAUCGUCGACAAGGGAGCCGCCAUCCAGCGUUACGCCUGCAAGCAAUGUGGCACACAUUUGUUCGGGCGCAUUGAGAAGGAUCACCCCUUCAAGGGACUCGACUUCGUUCACGUUGAGCUUUCGGAUAAGAAGGGUUGGCAGGAACCUCAGUUUGCGGGCUUUGUCUCUUCCAUUAUCGAACAAGGGUUCGAUCCCAGCAAAAUGGAUGAGGUCCGAUCUCGGCUCGAGUCGGUCGGCUUGAAGACAUACGACGCUUUGUCGCCCCCAUUGAUGGAUGCUAUUGCGACAUAUACGGGGAAGAAGUCCGGCAAACUGUCUGCCAAUCUGUGA